CUGGCUAUAAGCCUCGCCCCUGUGGUUUAUAGCAAACUUGUCCAUUACAGCGCGACUAGUUGGCGCUUCCCGGAUCAGCGUCGUUUUUGCUAGAAAGACAUUCUCAAAGAACGUCUAUAAGGGCGAAGUUGCUCUUCUUGCAGGCACUGGACAACCCUGGAACUCAGUGGCAGUUUUCAGGUCCCUUAAGGUUCAUUUUAUACGCCAAGGAGCAAAGGUCCAGUUGGCGGACGUCGGAACGUGCUGCAAGGUUGAGGAUUCUGGUAAAGUCGAAAUGUUGACUCCGGUGCUGCUCUUUUGCGGGGCGUUUGAUCCGAUAACAAAGGCUCACAUGUUGAUGUUGGAGCUCUCGAUCAAGACUCGCGCGUUUGAAGAAAUCUGGAUAAUGCCCAGUGGAGAUCGCACGGACAAAAAGUACAGGGCUUCGGAUGAGGAUAGAAUCGCAAUGUGCAACAUCGUUGUAGACAUAUACAAGGCCCAGUUUCCAAAGCUACAAGUCAGUCGAUUCGAAAUGGACAAGAAUGAAACGAUUGACACCUACUUUACGAUUAAAGAUCUGCAGGCACAGUACCCAGACAGGGACUUUUACUUUUUUCUGGGCUCCGACAUUCUUCCCUCCAUGUUUGAAUGGCCGUAUGCUGAUGAAUUAAUCAAGAUUGCCAAAUUCCUGAUUGCCUAUCGUCAGGAUUAUCCCAUAAAUGAUGAGGAUUUGAACAAGCUAAAGUCGUACAAGCUCAUGGAUGAGUUGUUGAAACAGCAAGGGAAAGAUACUGCAAUGUCUGAUGUUUCGUCAACCAUGGCAAGAGAGCAGAUUAAACGGGGGGAGGUAAGUUUGCAUACUUUGUGA